UGUCUUUCAUUCUUUUUCCGGCAUCUUUGCUUGUGUCGAGCACACAUUAUACUUUGCUGCAACCUAAACAAUGUCUAAAAGAGGACGUGGAGGUUCCGCGGGAGGAAAAUUUCGCAUCUCACUUGGUCUACCAGUGGGAGCCGUCAUUAACUGCGCUGAUAAUACAGGUGCGAAGAACCUGUACGUCAUUGCUGUUCAUGGAAUCCGAGGUCGCCUGAAUCGUCUGCCUGCCGCUGGUGUCGGUGACAUGUUCGUUGCUACCGUGAAGAAGGGUAAACCAGAACUCCGUAAAAAGGUUAUGCCGGCGGUGGUUAUUCGGCAGCGAAAACCUUUCCGCAGGCGAGACGGAGUGUUUCUUUAUUUCGAGGAUAACGCGGGAGUGAUAGUAAACAAUAAAGGUGAAAUGAAAGGUUCCGCUAUCACUGGACCAGUGGCAAAAGAGUGCGCUGAUUUGUGGCCCCGUAUCGCGUCGAACGCUGGUUCGAUAGCGUAGGUGUGCACAGUUUACGGUAAUAUUGCUUUGCGGGAAAGUGUUGCGCUAUACGGCUCUACAAGAUUGUAAACAGAUUGCUACGGAAUAAAACCACGUCGGAAUGCGUGAAAUAAUCGGUUGGAAA